CGCUGCGGCCAGGUCGGACCCGCCGGUCCCGCCAUGGGCUCCCUGGGGCGCUGCCUGGCCCGGAGCCUGCUGAGGGGGCAGCCGGGGCUGAGCUGCCCCCCCGGGCCCCGCUGCUACGGCUCCGCCCCCCCGGAGCUGCAGGAGCAGACCCUGGUGCUGGUGAAGCCGGACGCGGUGCAGCGGCGCUUGGUGGGAAGCGUCAUCCAACGCUUCGAGCGCCGCGGCUUCAAGCUGGUGGCCAUGAAACUGCUCCAGGCAGACCAAGGGCUCCUGGACAAGCACUACCAGCACCUGCGGCAGAAACCCUUCUACCCCGUCCUCCUGCAGUACAUGAGCUCGGGGCCUGUGGUGGCAAUGGUGUGGGAGGGCUACAACGUGGUGAGGUCCACGCGGGCCAUGGUGGGGGACACAGACUCGGCCAAGGCGUCCGCGGGCACCAUCCGGGGGGACUUCAGCAUGCACGUCAGCAGGAAUGUGGUCCACGCCAGCGACUCGGUGGAGACGGCCCAGAGGGAGAUCGGGUUCUGGUUCCAGAGGAACGAGCUGGUGGCCUGGCAGAGCGGAGAUCGGGAUUUCACCUAUGGACCCUGAAGAGACCCCCGGCCUGAGGGACCCCCAGACCCACAAUAAACCCCAAGGCCUCCCCCUCGGGCCACUCACUGCC